CGGAGGUCCCGCUUGUUUGGCCAAUGGAAAACCUGAAAGGCUUCAGUUAGGUUGCAUACAGCCGCCGCCUUCCAACCUCGUCAUUCAGGCCUGAACAAAACUCAGGUAGUGUGACCUACUAGUAAUGACUAGCCCGGCCUUCCCCUCCCUCCUUCGAGUCCGCCGAGCGCCCACAACUUCAUCUAUCUGAUCAUUUUGACGAGCUGCGCUCCUUACCAUGCUUUUGAAAGUCACUCUUACGCUCAUCGCAGCGGCCGCCCUUUUCCGGUUUUCGCGCCAACCCGCCAAGACAACGACACCCAACCACAGCGACAUGGAUGACAUGGACCCCCUGCCACCACCGAGUGAAUGGGUGAACGGGAGGAGUAGGGUGUUCUUUGGCAGUAGACCUGAUGCUAUGGUGUAUGGCUGGCCAGCCAAGGGCGGCAUGUACACCUUACUAGCUUCGCCAGUCGAACUUGAGUUCAUGGGCCUCGACCGCUUCAGACCAGUGCCGCACCCCAGCCCGGAUAAUCCCACCGCGGCCCCGGAUGAAGAAGAGCACUGCAACAAAAUGCGCAAGCUUGGUGCUAGAUGGUGGAAGACCGAGGAUGAGUACUUUGACAAGGGGGCUAUCGACUACCCACCCGUGCCCGGUAUUCCAGGUCGCUUCUUUCGCGUCGGAUGGCCGGCCGGCGGCGGCGUAUGGGUCCUCAACAUGAGCGAGCGCGACGCGGUCGAGAAACAGGCCGGAGUGCUGUUCAGUGCCUACAACAUGGAGGAGCGCUGCAGGGUCAUUGAGCAGCUUGGCGGCACGUUCUACGCGGACCCAGAGGACUGCCCGGAGCUAAACUGGGACGGCCAAGCUGUGGACUUUCACAUCGAUGGGUCCAAAUCUAGCUGCUGAACUUGUGUAGCAGAUGAUUUCUUUGUAGUGGGCUUGAAUGAAAUGCUCGAAACACCUUCCGAAGAUGUCGAUGGCCUCUCGCAGUCCGAAGUUGCACGAGUGGCCGCUCGCGGUUGCCAGGCUCAGUCGAGGCGCCUACGGGCCGGCAAGGGGCGCCUGAGGUCGUUGCCCUGGACGAUGGGGUCGCGGAUAUGUUGGGCAAGAGGCCAGGUGUAGUUCGCGUCGCCUGGUCAUUCACAGUCUUCUUCUCGUCGUCGGCAUCGCGCUUGUUGCCAGGCGUGUCUGU